UGGACUUCGCGCGAACACUGCGAGUAAGGUCGAUACCACUACUGAAAUGGCCGCAUUUGAACCUUUUAUCGAUGGUGCAACCCUGAUGCACUCGCCCCAGUUCUGCGUGAUGGCCCUCUUAACAUACGUUUUGGCGGUCCUGUUAGGACCUUCGUUUAUGAAAAAUCGGACCGCCCAUAACCUUAAGCAAGUGCUUUGGAUGUACAAUCUUUUGCAAAUAAUUCUAAACGUUGCACUGCUUUUUAAAUUACUGGAAUUUCUCCCCCAAAUUAAAAAAUUGACUUGCAUUCCACCACUUCAACGUAACGAUAUUUACGUUAAUAAUACCUUAAAGGCACACUACUACUAUUUUCUUUUAAAAAUACUAGAUUUUGCAGACACGUUGUUCAUGAUUCUUCGUAAGAGAAGUCACCAAAUUAGCCCUUUGCAUGUUUACCACCAUAUUUCGACGUUCGCUGUUGCAUGGUACUGUGGUGUCUGUUACCCCGGUGGUUACGCGUUGUUAGUAGGUUUUUGGAAUACUUUGGUUCACGCUGUUAUGUAUGGUUAUUAUUUUCUAACGUCCUUGAAAGGCAGUAAUCAAGUGUCUGUUACGUGGAAGAAAUACGUCACUAUACUGCAACUUAUCCAACACUGGUUUAUCUUAUGUAGUGUUACAUCUGCACUCUUCAAUCCUGAAUGUACAUACUCCAAGAAAUUUUUGUGUGUUGCCGUUACCAAUUUGGUGAUACUGAUUUGUUUCUUUACUAAAUUUUACUUAGAAAAUUAUGUUUCUGUUAAGAAAACAGCGAAAAGCAAGUAGGAAAUGUAAAUUUACAACUGUAAAAAAAUUAUGAACGUUGUUAUUAAAUUUGAAUACUUUGGUUUGA